AUGACAUUCGAGGUGUCUUCACGCGGCGGCAGGUUCCCCCUUGUCGCCUUUUCACUGCAGUCCCCUACCCCCGCACCUACUCCUGCACCAACUCCAGCCUCUACUCCUGCACCAACUCCUGCACCUACCCCCGCACCAACUCCUGCACCAACUCCAGCCCCUACUCCUGCACCAACCCCUGCCCCUACUCCAGCACCAACUCCUGCACCUACUCCUGCACCUACCCCCGCACCUACUCCUGCACCAACUCCAGCCCCUACCCCCGCACCUACUCCUGCACCAACUCCAGCCUCUACUCCUGCACCAACUCCUGCACCUACCCCCGCACCAACUCCUGCACCAACUCCAGCCCCUACUCCUGCACCAACCCCUGCCCCUACUCCAGCACCAACUCCUGCACCUACUCCUGCACCUACCCCCGCACCUACCCCUGUACCGACAACGACGAUCACACCCGUAUGCAGCGGUAUCGAAGACAACGUCGACUACUUCGGGCACGACAUUGAUUCAACGUCUCAGUCGUCUGCUGAAUUCUGCUGCUCUGACUGCAAAGCCACUGCUGGGUGUAGGCUAUUUGUCUGGACAGACUACAAUGGGGGGACCUGUUGGUUGAAGAGCGAAGUUGGGGCCAAGUCUUUCGUCGCUGGAGCCAAGGCUUCGAUUGUGGUGACUACCCCAGCCCCUACUCCUGCACCCACCCCGUCGAUCACACCCGUGUGCAGCGGUAUUGAAGACAACGUCGACUACUUUGGAAACGACAUUGCUUCAACGUCUCAGUCGUCUGCUGAAUUUUGCUGCUCUGACUGCAAAGCCACUGCUGGGUGUAACCUGUUUGUCUGGACAGACUACAAUGGGGGGACCUGUUGGUUGAAGAGCGAAGUUGGGGCCAAGUCUUUCGUCGCUGGAGCCAAGGCUUCGAUUGUGGUGACUACCCCAGCCCCUACUCCUGCACCCACCCCGUCGAUCACACCCGUGUGCAGCGGUAUUGAAGACAACGUCGACUACUUUGGAAACGACAUUGCUUCAACGUCUCAGUCGUCAGCUGAAUUUUGCUGCUCUGACUGCAAAGCCACUGCUGGGUCUGCCAUCGUCGAGGCGUCUUGCAGUCAACAAGUGGACGUGGAUUACCUUGGAAAUGACAUUGCCAGUUCCCAGCGGGCAUCCAGUGACAGUUGUUGCGAGGAUUGCAAGGGAACGAGUGGCUGCCUAGCGUACUCGUGGACCGACUACAACGGCGGCACGUGCUGGCUCAAGUCUGCUACGGGCUCGCCGAUUCCCCGAGUAGGAGUGGUCUCAGGCGUACUCUUCUAA